AUGGCAAACCCUCUCAGAUUGAACGGAAAGAACCUUUGCGAUGCGGCUCUGGAAGUGCUCCACAAUCUCCGUGUCCAUCUCAUUGCCAGAAUGAACGUUGAGCGUGAGAAACCAGGUGGUACUCGUAGGCAGACCUUCCGACUCCUCCGGACUCAACUCAAAUCGGUUAUCGAGUUCAUCAGAGUCGGACAACUACCAUUCACCCCACUCCGUAUGCUCCGUCUCUACCAGGGAUGUAUCAACAACGAACUCCAACCGAUUCCAUACGACUAA